UCAUUAUCAGGCGUCCAGCCCGCUGUAGUUACGGAGCUCUCCCGUUCCCCGUUCCCGGGCAGCUCCCCCUUUCCACUUACAACAUCCGGCUCCGACACCACCGAACCACAAAACAUCACUCUCCGUCAUCACCGUCCCCGAUUCCGAGCGCGGUAGUAGAGAGCUAUACUCCUAUCGCAUAUCCUAUACCCACCUAACAACUCACAAUGGCUGCUCCCGAGGUCCACCAUCUCUUCCACCACCCCAUUGCCGACCACUCGUUCUCGGCCGAUCGCCAAACCUUGGCCAUUGCCCGCGACACUCAGGUCGAGCUCUACGGCAGAGUCGGCAAUGCCUUCAAGCUCAAGGACGAGCUCAAGGGCCAUGACAAGCUCGUCACCAGCGUCGACAUUGCUCCCAACACCGGGCGCAUUGUGACCUGCUCCCAGGACCGCAACGCCCUCGUCUGGGAACCCUCCCCCACCGGUUACAAGCCCACCCUCGUGCUCCUCCGCAUCUCCCGCGCCGCCACCUUCGUCCGCUGGUCUCCCUCGGAGGCCAAGUUCGCCGUCGGCUCCGGCGACCGCGUCAUCGCCAUCUGCUACUUCGAGGAGGAAAACGACUGGUGGGUAUCCAAGCACCUGAAGAAGCCGAUCCGGUCGACCAUCACCUCUGUCGCGUGGCAUCCCAACUCCGUCCUUCUCGCUGCCGGCUCCACCGAUGCCCACGCCCGCGUGUUUUCGGCCUUCAUCAAGGGCACCGACCAGCGCCCGGAGCCGAGCCCCUGGGGCGAGAGAUUGCCUUUCAACACGGUCUGCGGCGAGUUCUUGAAUAACUCUGCUGGAUGGGUGCAUGCCGUUGCGUUCAGCCCGAGCGGAGACGCUCUGGCGUAUGCGGCGCAUGAUUCCUCCAUCACCGUCGUCUACCCCUCUGCACCCGAGCAGCCGCCCAAGGCGGUGAUCAGCAUCAACACGCAACUUUUGCCUUUCAUGAGUCUCUUCUGGAACGGAGAGACCGAGAUCAUUGCUGCGGGUUACGAUUGCGAGGCGUUCCGCUUCCAGGGUGGCGAGCAAGGGUGGCAGCUGGCGGGCACGCUGGAGAAGGCCAAGGCUGGAAGACCGGGUCUUGGUGGUGAGGAUAGGGAGGAGUCUGCGUUGAACAUGUUCAAGCAGAUGGACUUGAAGGGUAAGGUCAGCAACGAUGAUACCAAGUUGAAGACGGUGCAUCAGAAUACGGUUACUAUGCUGAGGCCGUUUGAGGAGAGUGGAGGACGGGUGACCAAAUUUAGCUCGAGCGGUGUCGACGGCAGAGUCGUCAUCUGGCACACCUAGACUUUCCCCAUGAAAGA